UCUCAUCCCGGGACGCAAACCUCGGAACAGCUGCCGGCUGGGCCUGGCGGAGGCCGGCGCAGGGAGGGAGGAGCCGCCGGGGCCGCGGGGGCGCUGAGAACUGGCCCCGCAACCGUGCGCUCGCGCCGCCGGCCCUCUCCCGGCGCGCCACCUGGGCGCUCCAAGAAGAGGCCAAAGUUUACCGUGGCAGUGAGUUGAAGCCCGCGCUGGGCUGCUGCACCGAGAGCUCCGGGAGCUUCUCUCGCUUCCCGGUAUUGUUUGCAAACUUUGCUUCGCUACCCGGCGACCCCCAACUCGGCGGCAGCCGGGCGCAGACCGCAGAGCCGGGGACGCUGUGCGCAGCCCUCGGGCCAGGCUGGGCGGGCAUGGGCGGGGGCCCGAGCAGCGGUGGACAGCGGGGUCCAGCAACCCGUGCCCGAGAGCGGCGGCUCUGAGGGGCGCGGACCUCCCUGCGAGGGCACUCCCGACGCCACCAUGCAGGGCCCGGGUCCCCGCCUGUGGCUGGUCCUGCAGGUGGUGGGUUCGUGCGCCGCCAUCAGCUCCAUGGACAUGGAGCGUCCAGGAGACAGCAAGUGCCAGCCCAUCGAGAUCCCGAUGUGCAAGGACAUUGGCUACAACAUGACUCGCAUGCCCAACCUGAUGGGCCACGGGAACCAGCGCGAAGCCGCCAUCCAGCUGCACGAGUUCGCGCCGCUCGUGGAGUACGGCUGCCACGGCCACCUCCGCUUCUUCCUGUGCUCCCUGUACGCGCCCAUGUGCACCGAGCAAGUCUCCACCCCCAUCCCCGCCUGCCGGGUCAUGUGCGAGCAGGCCCGGCUCAAGUGCUCACCCAUCAUGGAGCAGUUCAACUUCAAGUGGCCCGACUCCCUAGACUGCAGCAAACUUCCCAACAAGAAUGACCCCAACUACCUGUGCAUGGAGGCGCCAAACAACGGCUCUGACGAGCCCACGCGGGGCUCGGGCAUGUUCCCGCCGCUCUUCAGGCCACAGCGGCCUCAUGGCGCUCAGGAGCACCAGCUGAAGGACGGGGGACCCGGGCGCAGCGGCUGCGACAACCCCGGCAAGUUCCACCACGUGGAGAAGAGCGCGUCCUGCGCGCCGCUCUGCACGCCAGGCGUGGACGUGUACUGGAGCCGCGACGACAAGCGCUUCGCCGUGGUCUGGCUGGCCAUCUGGUCUGUGCUGUGCUUCUUCUCCAGCGCCUUCACCAUGCUCACCUUCCUCAUUGACCCGGCCCGCUUCCGGUACCCAGAGCGCCCCAUCAUCUUCCUCUCCAUGUGCUACUGCGUCUACUCGGUGGGCUACAUCAUCCGCCUGUUCGCCGGCGCCGAGAGCAUCGCUUGCGACCGCGACAGCGGGCAGCUCUACGUCAUCCAGGAGGGGCUGGAGAGCACGGGCUGCACCCUGGUCUUCCUGGUGCUCUACUACUUCGGGAUGGCCAGCUCGCUGUGGUGGGUGGUCCUCACCCUCACCUGGUUCCUGGCCGCAGGCAAGAAGUGGGGCCACGAGGCCAUCGAAGCCAACAGCAGCUACUUCCACCUGGCAGCCUGGGCCAUCCCCGCGGUGAAGACCAUCCUCAUCCUGGUGCUGCGCCGGGUGGCGGGCGACGAGCUCACCGGCGUCUGCUACGUGGGCAGCAUGGACGUGAACGCGCUCACUGGCUUCGUCCUUGUCCCGCUGGCCUGCUACCUCGCCGUGGGCACCUCCUUCCUCCUCUCGGGCUUCGUGGCGCUUUUCCACAUCCGGAGGGUGAUGAAGACGGGCGGAGAGAACACGGACAAGCUGGAGAAGCUUAUGGUGAGGAUCGGGGUCUUCUCGGUCCUCUACACCGUGCCGGCCACCUGUGUGAUCGCCUGUUACUUUUAUGAACGCCUCAACAUGGAUUAUUGGAAGGUCCUGGCGGCGCAGCACAAGUGCAAAAUGAACAACCAGACGAAAAACCUGGAUUGCCUGAUGGCCGCCUCCAUCCCCGCUGUGGAGAUCUUCAUGGUGAAGAUCUUCAUGCUCCUGGUGGUGGGCAUCACCAGCGGGGUGUGGAUCUGGACUUCCAAAACGCUGCAGUCCUGGCAGAAUGUUUGCAGCCGCAGAUUGAAAAAGAACAGCCGGAGGAAGCCUGCCAGCGUGAUCACCAGCAGUGGGAUUUACAAAAAAGCCCAGCAUCCCCAAAAACCUCACCUGGGGAAGUAUGAAAUCCCCGCCCAGCCUCCCACUUGUGUGUGAACCGGGCUCGCAGCGAAGGAGAUAGGGCAGUGGGAGCUGAAACACGGUGCUUUUCGGGGUUGGUUGGUCGAUUUUUUUAUAUAAAGGAAAAAGAAAUAAAAAGUGUUUACCCUGAAAUUCAGGAUGCUGUGAUACACUGAGAGUGAAAAUAUGUACUGAAAGGGUUUGGUUUUGUUUUUGCUGUUUUCCAGAGAAGAGAAGCUCCCGGGUUCAGUAGCUUCUUGUGUAAUCCAUUUGUGGUAAAGUAAUUGAUUGGGCCCUGGAAAGAAAACUUUGAUUUAGAAGCUUCCAUAAAUAUACGUCUGUGUAUAUUGGAGUUGGCUUUGCUACUACCAUUUACAAACAAGGGGACAGAUAACUUCUUUGCGAAUUAAAGAGCCUCCAGUGGGUUAGCAAAUGAGCUAUGGGGAGGGGGGGCUCAGGAAGGCUGCUCUGUGGGAGGCGGCUUCUGUGCAGACAGAAAGAAAGGGGAUCCUGGGGCCAUCACACUCCAGUGGAUUCAGAGUCACUUACAACAGCCUCCAGCCUCUAGUCUUCACAAAUAGUCUUUCUCUGAGACAGAACCCUCCACCAAACCUAACAUUGGUGAACUCAAACAAUGUGCAAUACAUUCCCCCCCCUUCCAUGAAAAUAAAAAGAAAAACAAGUAUUUUGCUUUAUAUAAAGACAACAAAAGAAAUCUCCUAACAAAAGGACUAAGAGAGCCAGCCCUCAGAAACCCUUUAGUACUACAUUUUGUGGCUUUUUAAUGGAAACCGAGCCAAUGCUAUACACAUUUGGACUGAUUUGUGGAAAGGAAAGGGGAGAAGAGGAGAAGGAUCUUUCAAAAGUACCCAAAGGGCUUAUUGACUCUUUCCAUUGUGAGACAAAUGAUUUCCAUGAACCCAUCCAGAAGCACUAGGUCAGCAAAGACAAACUCUGUGUCAUGUAUUCUCUCUUACAAGACCAGGAAAGAAUGGCUUCUCCUUGUAUAUAUUUGUAAUAUACAAUAUUUUUCAUGCUCCACUAUUUUAUUAAAAAUAAAAUAUGUUCUUUAGUUUGCUGCUA